AUCAGGCAAUAUCAACAUGAAAGGUGCUCUUCUAUUCACAGCGAUAUUAGCUGGCCUAGUUGCCGUGCGAGGUCAUUGGGAAAGAAAUAAGGUGUACAAGUACGAAGUGAAAGCUAAGAUAUUGAAAUAUUCACCCGAAUCGGGAGACGAAUCCUCUGGCUUAUAUUCUCGCUAUCAUUUGACUCUUCGACCACAUUCUGAUGACGUUAUCAUUGGCCAACUUACUCAAGCCGAGUUUUUUAAAGGAAGAGCACAGCGUUACAAUGCAAUGAUACAAGAUUCCUCUGAUUCAGGCUCCGAUGCAAACUUCGAGAAUUCGCCAUUGAGCAAACCAUUUAAGAUCAACUUACGUAAUGGUGUCAUCCAAUCUCUAGGUGUUGAUGAUUCAUUGUCCUACUUUGGCGUGAAUCAAUUGAAAUUGAUCAUGAACCAGUUUCAAGUCGAUACAACCCGUCUCAAUGUGAACUCGCUCAGCGAGAAUCAAUUACCACAAGCGGACAGUAACACAGCUUUCUACAAGACUGCGGAAUCAACGGGACAUUGCGAAACAAUCUACGACAUCUCACCAAUCCCCGACUAUUUGGUCAGAUCGAACCCGGAAUGGGUGCCAUUGCCCGAAAUGAUUGAAAGAAAUGGAGAAAUCAUUGAAAUCGUCAAGACUAAAACUUCUGCUAACUGUGAAGGAAGAAGAAACGUCCUUGACGCAGCCAGCAACUAUUUGAGCGGGAAAGGUGUGAGAGAAAAUGAUUUGUCCAUCGUCGAGAGACAGCGCAUUGUUGCAUCAGUUGGUUCAGUGCACCGUUUUACCAUCCAAUCGACAAUAACAGCCAACAAACUAAUGUACACUCCACAAAACAUGCCACUCAUAACAGUAUACGUUAACUCUAGUUUGGAAUCGGUGGAAUCGGCUUCCCAGCGACCUACGAACUUGCCUGAUAAUUUGACGAUACUUGAAAAUUUGAGCUACGAUUUCAAUCCCAAAAUGGAUGAAUAUCAACCCAUUCAAUCACGACUGGAGCGUGACGGAACCGGUACCGAAUAUCGUUAUACUACCAGUUGCUGGAAAUAUACUGAGAAUCCCACGUAUGUGUGCAAUCAGGAGUUUGGUAAGGAUUGGAGCUUCGCUGGACAUGCAAAAAAUUGUAAUCCCUGGGGAAUGCUGUAUUUCGAAUGUAAACGAGAUUGUAAAAAAAGCUUGUUGCCAGAUGUAAAGGCACAUUUAACAGACCUAGAAAUUAUGGAUUAUGGAUUCAAUUAAAAAGCAAAUUGUCAGGCGAAAGUCUUAUAGCUUUUUCGGUAAUCUAAUAAACCAUUUCAAAAACCAAAAGUUUUCCAAUUAUGG